GUUGUCUGGAGGAGGCGGGUGUGCGUGUUGUCAGCUGACCAGCAGCAUCUCCUGUAGCCGUCACAACACCGUGCUGCUGCCCCGCUGACAGCUAGUGAGUAGCUCCUGGCCGAGGCUCUGUCGGACCGGGCUGGGUUAUGUUUCCCGGAGCAAGAACCGUAGACGGAGGCUCGUUCACCGACAACCCAUGGCGGCAGAGAUUCAGCCCCAGCAGGCGCAGGCUCGGAAGCCAUGUCUGCUGAGCAAGAUCGAGGCUUUCCAAGAUGUUGUUAGCUCGGCGGUUAUCAUCCCCAAGGAGGACGGCGUUAUCAGCGUGUCGGAGGACAGGACGAUUCGAGUAUGGCUGAAGAGAGACAGCGGGCAGUAUUGGCCCAGUGUCUUCCACACAAUGACAUCACAGUGCACCUGUAUGUCCUUUAACCCAGAGACCAGGAGGCUGUCUGUGGGGAUGGAUACCGGCAGUAUCUGUGAGUUCAUCCUGUCUGAAGACUACAACAAGAUGACUCCAGCAAACACUUACCAGGCCCACCAAGGCAAAGUGAGCGUGGUGCUCUUCGUGUUGGAGAUGGAGUGGCUCCUGAGCACCGGCCUGGACAAAAACUUCACCUGGCACUGCUCAGAGAGCGGCCAGCAGCUGGGGACGCAUCACACCGCCGCCGCCGUCUCGGGCCUACAAUUCGAUGUAGAGACCAGACACGCCUUCGUAGGAGACCAGUCUGGUCAGGUGACCAUCCUGAAGCUGGAGCAGGACAACUGCAGCCUGGUCACCACCUUCAAGGGACACACUGGUAACGUGACGGCACUGUGUUGGGACCCGGCACAGAGGGUUCUGUUCUCCGGCAGCUCCGACCACUCCAUCAUCAUGUGGGACAUCGGAGGACGCAAGGGCACCGCUAUCGAACUGCAGGGACACAAUGAAAAAGUUCAGGGCUUGUGCUACGCCUCACACACCCGUCAGCUCAUCUCCUGCAGCUCAGAUGGAGGCAUCGUCAUCUGGAACAUGGACGUAACGCGACAAGAGACUCCAGAGUGGUUGGACAGCGACUCCUGUCAGAAGUGCGAGCAGCCAUUUUUCUGGAACUUCAAACAGAUGUGGGACAGCAAGAAGAUCGGUCUGCGACAGCACCACUGCAGGAAGUGCGGCCAGGCGGUGUGCGGCAAAUGUUCCUCCAAACGCUCCACCAUCCCCCUCAUGGGCUUCGAGUUCGAGGUGCGUGUGUGUGACAGCUGCCACGAGUCCAUCACCGACGAGGACCGAGCGCCCACGGCCACCUUCCACGACAGCAAGCACAGCAUUGUUUACAUGCACUAUGAGCCCACCACGGGGAAUCUGCUCACCUCAGGCAGCGACAAGGUUAUCAAGCUCUGGGACAUGACUCCUGUGGUGUCCUGAGGUCUGUGUGUGACCAGCGGUCAGCCAAGAGCUCUGUUCACCAAACUGUGAUUUGUUUUGGAGGCAGCAGCCACACUUGGAUUCAAAAGAGGGAAACAUAUCCAACAGUAUCGAUGUCAUCUGGAUAAUAUUUAACUGUUAUUCAACAACAAGCAGCGGCUGUCAGACGUUCACAGUGAGGACACUGCAGGCCAGUGAAGCCUGGGAACACAAGGUUACAGACCGUUGUGAGUGUUUGUGUGAAGGCUGCUGUUGGGUGGGGGGGAUCUCUGUGUGUAUUUGUGCGUGUGUGUCCUUUACAUGAGUAUUUGGGAGGGGGUUGACACACUUUAUUUUCUUAAUUUUCAUGCAUUCCUGCUCAUUUCAUACUGGAAAAUCAUGAGAGAAUAAGUGGAACAUUUCAGCACUUAGCCGGUACCGUUUAACUGAAGCUUCACUGGUUUUUCGAUGUGAAGCGUAUCAUGAAACUUGAUCUAUUACUCACAAACUCACUCACACUAAGCUGGCUUCAGACUCUCAACAAGGGAAAGGUUUUGGUACAGCAUGGCUCCUGAAACCUGCACCACCUACAGGAAAAGAAAGGUAGCAGCAGCAGCAGUGAAGACGUAGACACAUUGAUGUUUCCCCCUACAGGCAAAGAAAAGAUUAGCUUUCUAAAAAUCAGAUUAUGUAUUUGAUCUUCACUUUUCUUCUUCAAUCGUAUCACAUGGAUGUUUGUUCUGCUCUGAUUUACCCUCAAAGUUCUCAAAUUCCUCAGAAUGAUGAAAAGUAUGAGCAACCAAACUUCUAUAAUGACAGAAAAACUAUAGUUCCAAAAGUGAAGUCAAAAUAUGUGGAGCUCCCCCUACUGGCUGGCUACUGUAUUGGUCAUAAACCCCGCCUCCUUCAUGUUAACAGAUGGGGCAUGGGUCAGACAGGAAAAUUAAAAUACAUUUUAAGUUAAUGUUGCUCAAACAUUUUUUUCUAUGAUGACAGAGGAAACAAACACUACAGUUGUUAAAAACAAAAACCUGACAUUUGUACCUCCGGUCCGAAAAUAUGAAGCCCAUGCACAAGUGUUAUAAACUGCAAUUCAUCAAGAUCCGCUUGAGGCUGGCUGCAGAAACACCAGAAACCACAUACACACCAAUUCAAAAAAGACGAUCUUUGCAGCAUUAAUAAACAUGUUUACAGCCUGGUUCAAAAAACGGCUUGGGUCUGCAUAGCUAAUUUCUCGGUUCAGAAGAUAUUAAGGUUACGAGUUUUUGCCCAAAUAAGGACAUGACUGACUUGACUGACAGGCGGGAACCAUAGACUGUAAAAAAUAUGGACGUAGUAUCCGUGACGUCACCCAUCUGUUUCUGAACGCUGUUUUGAGACCAAUCGGCUGCGGCAGCCAUAUUGCUUCUGUCGAGCCAGUGUGACGUAAAGAGGCGGGCUUUGAGCCUCCUAGCCAACAGCUGCAGUGUUCCUGCAGGCAGCUGUGCCUCUCAUUGGAAGACUGGUAAUCUCAAUAUCUUCGAAACUGCCGAAUUAGAAAAAAAUUCACCCCCCUCACAGUGAGAGGACAUCGAGAAAUGAGCUAUUCAGACUCCACUCAUCUUUUGUACCAGGCUGUAAACAUGUUUAUUAAUGCUGUAAAGAUCGUCUUUUUCCCAUUCAUGUGUAUGUGACUUCCGGUACUUCCGGAGCCAGCCUCAAGCGGAUCCUCGAUGAACUGCAGCUUUUAACACUUCCGCAUUGACUCAUAUUUUUAGACCGGAGGUUGCCGCUUGGCGGGAACACAUAGCUGUUGGCUAGGAGGCUCAAACCCCGCCUCUUUACGUCACACUAUGCCUGGUUGAGUUCCGCAUUACCAAUAUGGCUGCCGCUGAUGAUUGGCUUCAAAACAGCGCUCAGGAACUCAUGGGUGACGUAACGGAUACUACGUCUAUUAUUUAUACAGUCUAUGCUCCUUGCCUGCAGGUGGCGGUAGUGUCGACACUGUAAACGCUGUUGCUGGCCUUACCUGUAGGUGGUGCUCAUUAGCAUGUUCGCUUUGCAGCUCUAAAAUGUGUUUUGGUCCUACUUAUAGAUGGAACAGGUUUGACUGUUUCUGAUAUCAGCUGAUCCUGGUUCCAGGUGCUUCCCAACACUGUGCUCUUCUUAUCAUGGUAAGCAGAUCAAAGCUUAAAAAGAAAGUUAUCAGAAUCUGCUGAUAUGAAAAUUUUUGCCACUAUUAAUGGCCGAUAAGGUGACAAAUUUAUUAUGCACAUACAAUGACAGAAAACACAUGGCAUGGCUUUUUGCAAUGCUUGUUAGGCAGAGGUGAUGCGAUGAGGAGUAAAACAACUCUCCUCUAACAUUACAAGUUUAAACGGCAUCUCAAGAACCGUCAUCUUGAACAAGAAACAAGAGUUUCUUGAAAGUAAGAAACAAAAAAUGUCUGCAGCAGUGAAAACCUGUCAGCAGCCUCAAAUUCAGUCAUUCAACCAAGCUAAGAAAUGUAGCAGCGACCACCCAAAGGUAAAGGAGCUGCUCAUCGCCCUUGAUGACAAGCCUUUCAAUGGGGUCGAAGAUGCAGGCUUCCACGGGCCAAUGAUGUACUUUGAUCAGUAUCAGUAUCAAUGAAAAUUAGUUUGAAAACAUCAGCAUAUCUGAUAUUGGCAGAAAUCCUUAAGUGAAGCUAUUAAGACUCUUUUAUAUGAUGUAAAAGAAACACAGCGAUGCUUUCAAUCAAGAAAAAGUGUAAGCACAAAGUCAAAGGCAUUACAGAGAGAAUUUUAUAGUAGACCCUUAUCAUUAAGAUGAUAUCAGUACACAGUGUUUGCCUAAAUAAAUCCCCUUUGACCCUGUCAGAGUUAUAAUCUGUAAAUUAACCAAUCAGACGGCUUUCUGCUCUUUGUGAAUCCUCUAAUACCGUUUGUUUUAUGAGAUUAUUUAUUAUCCUGAGUCUUAAUGUUUCUGACAUACAAACGCACAUAUCAUGUAUCAGAACUGAGAGGAAAUGUUUGUUGUGAUUUUAUUUUCAUCAUUAUCACUUUGUUUUUUUAUCAUCACUCUACUGUUUACUGACUUUUAAUGUCAAUGCACUGGAAUCAAGAAGCAAAGAUAUGUCACAAACUUGCUGCUGUGAGAGAUCGUGUAAUUUGUUUGUGAUUGUGAUUGUCAUAUUUGUGCUUCAUUUAUCAAAAGGUAACCUGAGUACAGUUGAAUUUCUCUCAUUUUUGAAGCCCACUGAAUAUUUCCCAAAGAUGUUUAGAGUUAUCCAACCAUAGAGACAAGAGAAACGUCAAGUCUGCAUUUUAACAGCAUCUCUUAAAGGUACAGUAACAACUUUACCUGAUGGUACUUGGCACAAUAUCAGUGUUUCCUAAGGUUUCAGCUCCUGAACUUUUAUCAUGUUCGUUUCAUCUUCCUUCAGUUUCAGACGCAUGGUGUACAGCUUUAGGUUUCUAGGAUGCAUUGUUUAAAAGAAUCCAAGAACAUAUCAGUGACAGGUUAUUUGAUUUUCACUCAGAGCAAAAAUGUAAGGGAAAACAGAUGCUGCCUGAACAAGAUGCAAAACAAAAAACAGAUCCCUUUUAUUUACCUGCAUGUGAUUCAAAGUGGUCAAAAGGAACAUAAUCAGACAGGAGAUACAGUACUUUGGUACUUUGCUUGCAGUUGAAAUGAAUAUCAGAUUCAUCUGAGGCCAGUGGUCUAUAUUUCUGUCGCAGGACUUGUAACAGGCAUUGUUGUGUGUUUUGGUGUGUCCAUCAAUGUAACCAUGUUUGUAUAUAUGACAUAUUAAAAGAUCAGGUCCACCUA